UUUAGCCGAUAAGGUAGGAAAAAUCAAAUAAUGCCAGAAACUUGAUUAAUUCGUCUCCAAUUCUCCAUACCAACCCACAUUCCGCCUGAUAUCCCGACGACGGGCAUUUUUCGUAUUCAUUAUAUUAUAUAUGACUACCAGCUUUCUCGUUUCAACUUUUUGGUUGCUAGUGUUCUAUUUUUUGUAUAAAGAAGCUAUGUGUGAGUUGGAUGUGUGUGAAGGAGUGACUUGUUAUGGUGAUGCGAUUUGUCAUGAACAUAAACUAGCUUGUUUUAAUAAAACUUCUCCUGAUUGUUUUAUUAUGGUGCCAGAAUGCUCAGAUAAAACCAUUGAAGAUUAUGAACGAGAAAGAAUUGAUUCCAGAAAUGUUGAACUACUGGUAUCCAAGCCAGACUAUAUGAACUCGAAUGAUAAAGACACUCUCUGCCAAGGUAUCAAUUGUUUUGGAAUGAAUACUUGCACAAUUGUCCGAGUUCCUUGUAUAGAUGAUCCAACCUGCAUUAAUUAUUUACCAUUCUGUGAUGACUCUCCACUUACAACAUAAACCUAUAAUUAUUCAAUCCUCGUAAACAUUAUGA